UUAUUUGUUGGCAACUUUUUUGGAACAGAUUCCUCUUGGAACGUUCCACAAAUUAUACCAACCAGGGUCAAAUUGACAUGUUUGGACUGCAGCCCUUGUCUCCAUUGACAGUGCAUGUUAAUGCAUGGUGGUAUUUUAUGGAGCGAGGAAGAUGUUAGGUAACUUGGUGAAAGGUAUCAGUAGCUUAUUUCCUGAAUCACUCCCCACACUGCGCGUUCGCGCACUACUUCCUGGCUGCUUUCCGAAGAUACGUGAAGGACUUUCUUCCUUAUUUUCACUUUUUCCCCGUAGAUGAUGCAACGAUGAUUUUCCUCUUGACUAUAUUGGCAAGUGUUUUCCAAACAGGUUGGACGGGUGUCAAUGAGCACAGCUUCAUAGCUGUGAAACCGGAUGGUGUGCACCGGAGGCUAGUGGGAGAGAUCAUCCGGCGCUUUGAGAAAAAGGGCUUCAGAUUGGUGGGAAUGAAACUAGUCCAGGCGUCCGAGGAUCUCCUGAGAGAGCACUACAGGGACCUGAGAGACAAACCCUUCUUCAAUGGAUUGGUGCGCAACAUGAGCUCUGGACCCAUCGUUGCCAUGGUGUGGCAAGGUCUGGAUGUGGUGAAGAUGUCUCGCAAGAUGCUGGGGGAGACCAACCCGGCAGACUCCCUACCAGGAACCAUCAGAGGAGACUACUGUUUGGAAGUGGGCAGGAAUGUGAUCCAUGGCAGUGACUCUGUGGAGAGCGCUCAGAGAGAGAUCUCUCUGUGGUUCGGGCAGAAUGAGCUACAGUGCUGGGAGGACAGCAGCGGACACUGGAUCUAUGAGUGACACACACACACCACUUGUAGACCACCCAAGUGCCUUCAGAAACUAUUCAUACCCCUUUACUUUUUCCACAUUUAGUUUUUCCAAGCGGGAUUAAUAUGAAUUUAGUUGUCAUUUUUUUGUGUCAACGGACUUUGUCAAAGUGAAAGAAAUUCUAACAUAUGUACAAAUAUUCAUGAAAAAUAGAAAACAAAUAUGUCUUUGAUAAGUAUUCAUACCCUUGAGUCAAUACAUGUUAGAAUAACCUUUGGCAGCAAUUACAGCAGUCUUUCUGGGUAAGUCUCUAAGAGCUUUGCACACAUGGAUUAUACAAUAUCUGCACUUUAUUCUUUUGAAAAUUCUUCAAGCGCUGUCAGGUUGGAUGUUGAUCAUGCUAGACAGCUAUUUUCAAGUCUUGCCAUAUAUUUUCAAGCUGAGAUGAAUGAGAUGAAAUAAAAGAUCCCUGAAAUGUUCCAUAUGCUCAAAAAGCUUAUUUCUCUCAAAUGCUGUUCAAUUUUGUUUACAUCCCUGUUAUUGAGCAUUCCUCCUUCGCCAAGAUAAUCCAUCCACCUGACAGGUGUGGAAUAUCAAGAAGCUGAUUACAGCAUGAUUAUUACACAGGUGCACCUUGAGCUGGGGGCAGUAAAAGGCCACUCUAAAAUGUGCAGUUUUGUCAAACAGAACAACGCCACAGAUCUCUCAAGUUUUGAGGGAGUGUGCAAAUGGCAUGCUGACUGCAGGAAUUUCUCUACCAUAAGCUGCCUCCAACCUUGUUGUAGAGAAUUUGGUAGUACGCCCAACUGGCCUCACAACUACAGACCACGUGUAACUACGCCAGCCCAGGACCACCACAUCUGUCUUCUUCCCUUGUGGGCAUAGCCGCAGGAAGUAGUUUGAGGGUGGGGCUGCUGCAAAAAUGCUUGCCUGCGCUGAAGAUGUCUAUUUUGGUCCACUAAUACAGGACUAGUAAAGGCCCAGAGCACUCAUUUUGUGAAAACAUUUUCACAAAAUGUAUUUGAGUGUUUACCAGCAUUUGUCUGAUUAUUAUCUGUAAAAAAAGUUAAUAUGAUAAUACUUGCUUGAUAUACAGUGAAUUUAGAAAGUAUUCAGACCCCAGACUUCCUCUGUGGAGAUGGGAGAACCUUCCAGAAGUACAACCAUCUCUGCAGCACUCCACCAAUGAGGCCUUUACGGUAGAGUGGCCAGACGGAAGCCACUCCUCAGUAGAAGUCACAUGACAGCCCGCUUGGAGUUUGCCAAAAGGCACCUAAAGGACUCUUAGACCAUGAGAAACAAGAUUAUCUGGUCUGGUGAAACCAAGAUUUAACUCCUUGGUCUCAAUGCCAAGUGUCAGGUCUGGAGGAUACCUGGUACCAUCCCUACGGUGAAGCAUGGUGGUGGCAGCAUCAUGCUGUGGGGAGGUUUUUCAGUGGCAGGGACUGGGAGACUAGUCAGGAUCGAGGGAAAGAUGAACAGAGCAAAGUACAGAGAGAUCCUUGAUGAAAACCUGCUCCAGAGCGCUCAGGACCUCAGACUGGGGCGAAGGUUCACCUUCCAACAGGACAAAAACCCUAAGCACACAGCCAAGACAACACAGGAGUGGCUUUGGGACAAGUUUCUGAAUGCCCUUGAGUGGCCAAGCCAGAGCCCAAACUUGAACCCGAUCAAACUUCUUUGGAUAGAGCUGAAAAUAGCUGUGCAGCGACGUUCUCCAACCAACCUGACAGACCUUGAGAGGAUCCGCAGAGAAGAAUGGGAGAAACUCUCCAAAUACAGUUAUGCCAAGUUUGUAACGUCAUACCCAAGAUGACUCAAGGCUAUAAUCGCUGCCAAAUGUGAUUCAACAAAGUACUGAGUAAAGGGUCUGAAUACUUACAGUUGAAGUUGGAAGUUUAUAUACACCUUAGCCAAAUACAUUUAAACUCAGUUUUUCACAAUUCCUGACAUUUAAUCAGAGUAAAAAUCCCUGUUUUAGGUCAAUUAUGAUUGCCGCUUUAUUUUAAGAAUGUGAAAUGUCAAUAAUAGUAGAACAAAUUAUUUAUUUAAGCUUUUUUUCUUUCAUCACAUUCCCAGUGUCAGAAGUUUACAUACACUCAUUUAGUAUUUGGGAGCAUUGCCUUUAAAAUGUUUAACUUGGGUCAAAUGUUUCAGGUAGCCUUCCACAAGCUUCCCACAAUAAGUUGGGUGAAUUUUGGCUCACUCCUCCUGACAGAGCUGUUGUAACUGAGUCAGGUUUGUAGGCCUCCUUGCUCGCACACGCUUUUUCAGUUCUGCCCACACAUUUUCUGUAGGAUUGAGGUCAGGGCUUUGUGAUGGCCACUCCAAUACCGUGACUUUGUUGUCCUUAAGCCAUUUUGCCACAACCUUGGAAGUAUGCUUGGGGUCAUUGUCCAUUCAGAAGACCCAUUUGCGACCAAGCUUUAGCUUCCUGAUUGAUGUCUUGAGAUGUUGCUUCAAUAUAUCCACAUAAUUUCCCUUCCUCAUGUAGCCAUCUAUUUUGUGAAGUGCACCAGCCCCUCCUGCAGCAAAGCACCUCCACAACAUGAUGCUGCCACCCACGUGCUUUACGGUUGGGAUGCUGUUCUUCUGCUUGCAAGCCUCCCCCUUUUUCCUCCAAACAUAACGAUGGUCAUUAUGGCCAAACAGUUCUAUUUUCGUUUCAUCAGACCAGAGGACAUUUCUCCAAAAAGUAAAAUUUUCGUCUCCAUGUGCAGUUGCAAAGCGUAGCCUGUUUUUUUUAGUGGCGGUUUUGGAGCAGUUGCUUCUUCCUUGCUGGCGGCCUUUCAGGUUAUGUUGAUAUAGGACUUGUUUUACUGUGGCUAUAUAUACUUUUGUACCUGUUUCCUCCAGCAUCUUCACAAGGUCCUUUGUUGUUCUGGGAUUGAUUUGCACUUUUCGCACCAAAGUACAUUCGUCACUUGGAGACAGAACGCGUCUCCCUCCUGAACGGUAUGACGGCUGCGUGGUCCCAUGGUGUUUAUAUUUGUGUACUAUUGUUUAUACAGAUGAACGUGGUACCUUGUAAAUUGCUCCCAAGGACGAACCAGACUUGUGGAGGUCUAAAAUUGUUUUUCUGAGGUCUUGGCUGAUUUCUUUUGAUUUUCCCAUGAUGUCAAGCAAAGAGGCACUGAGUUUGAAGGUAGGCCUUGAAAUACAGCCACAGGUACACCUCCAAUUGAUUCAAAUUAUGUCAAUUAGCCUAUCACAAGCUUCUAAAGCCAUUACAUUUUCUGAAAUUUUCUUAGCUGUUUAAAGGCACAGUCAACUUAGUGUAUGUAAACUUCUAACCCGCUGGAAUUGUGAUACAGUGAAAUAAUCUGUCUGUAAACAAUUGUAGGAAAAAUAACUUGUCAUGUCAUGCACAAAGUAGAUAUCCUAACCGACUUGCCAAAACUAUAGUUUAUUAACAAGAAAUUUGUGGACUGGUUGAAAAAUGAGUUCUAAUGACUCCAACCUAAGUGUAUGUAAACUUCCGACUUCAACUGUAUGUAAAUGUGAUACAUUUUAAAAAAAAAAAGUAUUAUACAUUUACAUUUCUAAAAACCUGUUUUUGCUUUGUCAUUUGGGGUAUUGUGUGUAGAUUGAUUAGGGAAAAAAAUUAUUGAAUCAAUUUUAGAAUAAGGCUGUAAUGUAACAAAAUGUGGAAAAAGUCAAGGGGUCUGAAUACACUAUGUUUUCCAGUUUCUUGAAAUACUUUGCAAAUGCAACUUAUUUCUUUGUGAAAACUGAAAUGGUCUAUUCAUUCAUUUUCCAUAUUAGUAAACUCUCUUAUCCAGAGCAACUUAGUAGUGAGUGCAUACAUUUUCCCCAAUGGAAUCGAAACCACAACCCUAGCAUUGCAAGCGCCAUGCUCUACCAACUGAGCCACAUUAUCACAUCAUCACAAACCACUUGAUGGCUCAAUGUGCUCAAUUACUGUAUUCUGCAAUGUUUUUCAUCAUGGUGAUGUAAAGUGUACAGGUAUAAACCUAGAUGACCAGACUAUGUACAAUACAGUAAAGUACAUUUACAUUAAGUGGUUUGUAAGGAUGUUAAAUUAAUACUACACCAAAAGUGGUUGUUUUCCAUGUUAUUUGAUCAAGAUAAAUAUUUAAUUUGAUGUGUAUGUUUUGUGUCUUUGCCCAUAACUUUGCACCUUUUGAUGUAAAUGGACAGGGUUUUAUUGUUUCUGGAUUCCAUUAGAAUGUCAAUCGCAGAGAAUGGGACAGCAACUCUUCAAAUUCCAACUGUUGAAUCCUGCAAGAUACUGUUCUUAAUUAUUCAACAACCUCUUUUGCCAAAGGAGGGAUGAUGAAACAUUUUUUUUGUCUGCAAUACCUCUAAUAUUAGUAAAGGCACAAUGCACUA